CCUCACACUCACACACCCACACACACACACCCACACACACACACACACCGAGGAGAGGGAGAAAACAAGAAGCUAUCAUGACGCCAUGGCUGCAGGCUGGAGCACACUCACAUGCUGACUGUCAAAAUGCAAGGUUGCAGCGGAGCCUUCAUUAAGUGAAAGUUCACUUGUUAUUGUCUUUACUCCACUCAUUUGUAAGGAAACAUAUCUCCGACCAAAGGAUGACUUAAAGAAGCAGAAAUUAAGGGACAGCAUCAAUGCAUAUUAAAUGUUUUACCCAUUCAUACGGAAUGGAUUGAAAAAAAGUGACGGGGAGUUGGCUGUAGUCAACACUUGGCACCACAAGAAGCCAACCCCAGCUAAACCCUCAGCCUGACCCCUGUCUGAGGCGGAGAACAAGGGGUGUGUACGGAGAUCAAUUCCACUCGGGCAGUGGGUCGCUGAUGGAGGCCCACCAACACUCCCCAGACAGCAGCAGUGAAGAGUGUACCGUCCUGGAGGCGCCGCCCGGCAAAAACGCCUGCCUGCAGCACGCAGGAAAGGUGUCAGAUCUCUACUGCUCCGCCUGUGACUGUGCCUUGUGUGAAGACUGUGUGCCGGGACAUGAAGAACACCCAAAAGUCCCUCUCAGCCAGGCUCUGGAGCAGCAACGCCGCACCUUGCGAGAGAGACUGGCCGCUGUUCAGAACAGACUCCCUCAGCUGUCCGACGCGCUGUCAUUUGUUAAAGAGAUCCUCCAGCAGUUGAACACUCAACGGGCGUCCAUAGAAGAGGACGUCCAGUCUAGUAUCGAAGACCUGCACAAACAGUUGGAUGUUCGAAAGAGUGUCCUGUUGAUGGAGCUGGAGGUCACUUAUGGCCUUAAACAGAAGGUUCUUCAAGCCCAGGUAGAAAACCUCACACGAGGAGAAGGGGACAUUACGUCCGUCUGCACUGAGACGGAGGAGGUCCUGGCCGGGGAGGCAUGUGUGGCCAAUUUACAAGUGCAACAAGAUCUUUGCGAACGCCUCAGCGAGCUGGCAGGUCGAGGCCUGCCGUGCCAGCCUGAGGAAAACGACCAGCUGGAUCUGGUGAUGGAGACUGACGGGCUGAGGAAGUCGAUCCAUAACCUGGGGACAAUUGUCACGACCAGUGCCGUCGCAAGCCAAAGUGAAGCCAUGGGUGCCGGUCUGGAGCAGUGCGUGGUGGGACAUCCUGCUUCUGUCACUAUAGUCACCAGAGACAAGUCUGGGGGGGCCUGCAAGAGCGGCAAUGCAAUUCUUUCAGCAGAGGUGUUUACCCCAGAUGGUAGUAUAGUGGAUGGAGAAAUAGUCGACCACAAGAACGGGACUUAUGAAUUUGUCUACAUGGUGCCAAAAGAGGGUGACUUCUCAUUGGCUCUUCGCUUGUAUGACCAGCACAUCAAGGGAAGCCCCUUUAAGCUGACGGUUGCUCGGGCCCUGGAGACAGACAUAGAGGUGUCUCCAUCCACCACCACAGCCACCAACUCGGCAGCCAAUGCCACACCCUCUACAGGAUCCUCUGAGGGGGCAAAAAGGCGAGGGAAGUCUCCAGGCCAAAAGAAGAAAGGCUCAAAGAGAGCCAGCAGUGCACUGGGGACUCCAAGACGAAAAACUCAGAAUCCCAUUGAAGAUGACCUCAUCUUUAGAAUUGGCACCAAAGGUAGAAACAAAGGAGAAUUCACCAACCUACAGGGUGUGGCAACCUCCUCCUGUGAAAGGAUUCUGAUUGCUGACAGUAACAACCAGUGUAUUCAGAUAUUUUCCAAUCAAGGAGAAUUCAAAAAUCGUUUUGGGGUCCGCGGACGGUCGCCAGGGCAACUGCAAAGACCAACAGGUGUCGCGGUGCACCCAAGCGGUGACAUCAUCAUCGCUGACUAUGACAACAAGUGGGUCAGCAUCUUCUCCAGUGAAGGAAAGUUUAAAGCCAAGCUCGGGGCAGGUAGACUGAUGGGACCAAAGGGAGUGUCAGUGGAUCAGAACGGUCAUGUGAUCGUCGUUGACAACAAGGCAUGCACCGUUUUCAUCUUCCAGCUGACUGGGAAGCUCAUCAGCAAGUUUGGGAGUCGUGGAAAUGGAGAUAAGCAGUUUGCAGGUCCACACUUUGCAGCAGUGAACAAGAACAACGAAAUAAUAGUCACCGACUUCCAUAACCACUCCGUCAAGGUUUUCACGCCAGAAGGGGAACUGGUUUUAAAAUUUGGGUCAAACGGCGAGGGAAACGGCCAGUUCAACGCCCCUACUGGUGUUGCGGUGGACCUGAAUGGAAACAUUAUUGUUGCUGACUGGGGCAACAGCAGAAUUCAGGUGUUUGAUGGCAGUGGCUCCUUUCUUUCUUACAUUAACACAUCAGCAGACCCUCUGUACGGGCCUCAGGGUCUGGCUCUGACCUCUGAUGGACACGUUGUCGUCGCGGACUCUGGAAACCAUUGCUUCAAAGUCUAUCGCUAUCUACAAUAAUGAUUGUUUGGACUAAAGCGGAGAAGGGAGAUUGUGGCUUCAGGAGUGCUGCAUGAAGAGGAGACGCCAGUGAUUCACCUGCUCAGCGACGGAGCUUUAUUUUGUUUUUCAACAUUUGCCCUUGUUUUUUUUUUUAACUUAAGGGUAAAGGUCGGGAGAUGGAAACAAAGCCCCUUUCUCAUAUUUCACUCACCAGCACAUCAUGGUUGGGAAAACCACAGGAUUGGUCAUUUUCACAGAAAAAAAAACGGGCCUGAUGAUCAAUUAAUGUAUUUUUGGAAGCUAUGGAGAACAACCUCAACAGACAAAGGGACUUGUGGAUUUACGACAGAUAUGACCUGAUGGAGGAAACACUGCAAUUUAAGUUGGAGGAAAAUACGGGCCAAAAGAAGUGUCGGCAAAACACUGCAAACAUGUGCAACAAAUGGCAUUGCAUCAAAGAUAACAUCAAAUUCUUUAUAAAAUCAUUUCUAUUUUGUCCAUCAGAUCAAUCAAUCCCCAGUGUACCCGAAUCAAAUACUGUUCCAGCGAGAGGCGUUUGUUUGAAUAGAUGGCAGUUCAUCCAUCGGGAAACAGCUCAAUGUAAUAGUGUCAACAAAAGCAAGAUAACUGAUGUUCAGUUAUAGCAAGCAGACUGAGGUAAAUGUAGGACUUAAUCCGUUUAAAUGGUUGGCCUCAGUUCUGUGGUAAAAAUGCAUCUCCAGACCCAUUGACAAACAGAUUCCUGCCAAAUUUGUAGUACAUUUGGAUGAAAUUGCAUAUUGAGGUGUUUGAUAUGACUUAACUUUUUUUCUAUGUGCUCCUUAAACCAUGGGAACAAAGACCUUCAGUCCACCAACACUUGUCAAUGGGAAGCCUGUGCACAUUUUCCCUAUGCAAAUAUGGCUGUCCAUGCUAUUUUCACUCAAAGCAUUGUUUUAAACAAAUAUGAAUUACCCACAAAAAAAAAAAAAAUCAAACUCAUUUAUUUAUUCUAUUUAGUUUGCAAUGAAGUUCCUCCAGUUCUUGUGACAUAAAAUUGACAUCCACCAAUUCUCAUUUACGUGAGAAAAAAAAGUUAUAUUAUUGUCAUUUUUUUCAUCUGUAGAAGACAAAUUUAGGAUGGAAAAAUGAAAAACUGUUGGGAUCUAAUAUUGUCCUCAUGUGAGAGUUAAACUAAGCAUGAAACCAUGUUAGUUGUAUUUCACUGACUUCCUUUGUUAUUUUCAGCUGAACAACUCAAUGAAUUUAUCAGCCAGCAUGGUUCUUAUGGUCUUACAGAAGCACGUAAAGAUGUGGAUGUGGGGAACCUGAGAUGCAGAAUUAAAGCCAUGCACUUAACAGUUUUGCAGGAUAUUGAUGAGUUCUUGUAAAUAUAAUUUAAAAAGAAAGAAUUAUCUGCAACAAGACUGUCAUUCCAUCUCCUCGACGGAAUAUUGUCAUGAAAUAGAGAAUAGCUGGGAGUUAUUUGUAUGUAUCGAUUGUUAGAAUGAGGAAUGUUAUGUUUACUUCUUAAGCCAAUGCUUCUAUAUUUUAAAAACCGGCAUAAUUGUUUGUUGAAUGCUCAUCGUGUGUGAAUGAAAAUCAAGACAAAUGAAAACACAUUGACCAGUGAAAAAAAUCAUUUCCAACUCACAACAAUUCAACAAGUCAAGUGGAUCACUGUCACGAUCUCAACGCAUGACAGUAUCAAUGUUUUCAAGGGCCUGCUGUGGUGAUACACGAUUUAAAUUCAGGGCAUUGAACUUGCACCUUCAGAACAAACCGGUACAUUUGAAAACAGAAAAUAAGUGAAACGGAGGGAAUGUUUGAAAAGCACUGGAACACUGUGGUUCACAGAUUGUGGCAUACAUUUCACUCAAAUGUUGAGUUUGUCACCCAGAGGUUUAAUUCAAUUGACCAUAACAGUGUGCAAAAAUGUGGUGGACAAAAACCAGAUUCUCAUCAUUUCACGUUGUGACUAUCCAAGCGGCUUGAAUUAUUUAUUCAAUUUGAUUGUGUUCUAAUUUGUGCAUUAAAUCUAUUAAGUGCCAUUUACUUUUUUACACAGUACUCUUGGGUUUAGCAGUUAUAAUUAUUGAUUGUCACCAGUGUAAUGUUUUUGUUGUUAUUUAUUAGUUUGUUCUGUCUUACGCUGAAUUCAUCUGUUUGGUUAAUCCCUCACUGCUCCAGCUGUUUGUUAACAUGAAAUGAGACGCUUCGUCGAGCUCAAGUGAUACUUUUGGUGAAUUCUCUGCUUCAUAAGGAACAGCACAUGAAACUUGAUGUAAAUACUUCAUACAAAUACUUGCAUUCCUGGCUUCUUUGGCAGGUUUUGACGGCAAAAUGAUCAUCAGAUGAAGGUUAAUACAAUUUAAUUCUCAUUUCUUUAUGCAUGGAGCGGGGAUUUACUUUACUUUACUGACUCUCAAUGGUAACUGAAAUUGGCCUCUUCUUGAAACAGCUGUGCCAGAUUCAAUGUUUUACUUCGAAACAACACGUCUUCUCGUCCUCUGAUUACCGCCUUAAUAAAGUGAAUGUUGGAAAUAUACAAAAACAAACAAACAAAAAAAAAACUCAAUGCCUUUCUAAAUGUGUCAUGUUACAACUAUGGAAUAAGAUGCAUUAAAUUACAUUUUGAAACAUCUUCUGAGGUAGGAAAAUCCUUUCAGGUGCGAUAUAGCUGACUACUUUUAUUGUGUAUGACUUGCCUGCUUGUCUGAUGUGUCUGUCAUGUCUGAUCACUGUGAUAGACUUCAACCUGUCACACUCAAAACACUGAAAUAAACAGAAGGAAACUG